GGCUGAACUUCGCCAACACUGAGGGCGAGGACCCCUGGCUCCGUGAUGCGAUCCAGGCGCGCGCCAGUUCGGCGCCUGGGAUUCGUUCUCCUUUGUCCGAUGUGGAGAACAGUGUCUCUCCGAAGUCUCAUGCAGUGUUUCCCGCGGAGCUGGAACAGGCUGAGGCCUGGGCCAAGGCGCUACCGCUGGUGCCGCUGCACGUUCCGAAGACUGGAGGCACCGCAUUCAUCCUCAAGCUGGCCGCCGACAAGCGCGUGUGCAGCUUCGCGAGCACGACGGAGGCCGCCGAGUUCAUAAGCACGACGGAAGGCCUUGGAGGCCAUGGAUGGGACAAUCUGGUAGGCGAGACCGACGUCUCGAUUCUCGACAGCUUUCGCAGCUCGCUGCGGCAAUUCUGCCCAGGCGUGGACACUGGCGCGGCUCAGGCAGCUAUGCAUUUUGGGAUCGGCUCUCAGUUCGAUCGAAUUAGGGGGCGGCUGAUGACGAUCGUGCGCAAUCCGCAGGAGCGGCUCGUGUCGAACUACUGGUACCUCACGGAACUGGGCAAGAUCCCGCAGGGGGUGUCGUUGCGCGACUUCGCACAGCGCUCCAGCGGGUGCUUCGUGCGCAUGCUGACGCGAGAUGAACCUAACGCGUGUUUGCAUGCGAAUGGGACAUCUCCGACGCCUGCGGAGGUUCGGCUCGCUCAUUCGCGCUUGCUCUCGGGGUUCUCGUUCAUCGGUUUGCAAGAGCAGUGGGGCCUGUCGAUGUGCCUGUUCGACAGGAAGAAGUUCGGAGGUCGGUGCACCGAGGUCGACUUUGAGCGUUUCAGAUUGACCCACAAGCAGGGGCACACCGCAGGGGAGAGAUGGAACAUUUCCGAGCUUGGUGGCUUUACGGACAAGUGGGAUAAUUUGUUGUACGUUUCCGCAAAGGUUAUGUUCGAAGAGGAUUUGCGGCGCCACAACGUCAAUCCCGAAUCAUGCGUUGCGUGCUUCGCCCAUAGGCUGCCGCCCUGA